AACACACACACAUUGGAAUAAAGAUGGCUGCAUUACUUGGUAGCUACACUGUGCCUUUGCUUGGAGUCAGCAUUUUCAUCGCUACUCUGACCUACUUCACCUACAAGCAGCUGAGCAGCUACCUGCAAAAAUGGUUUUUGAUGAAGCCCAUCCCGGAGCUGGAGGGAACGUACCCCUUCAUUGGAAACGCACUGCAGUUUAAGAGCAACGCAGGAGAUUUCUUUAAACAAGUUCAGGGGUUCGCCAGUGAUUUCUAUGACAAGCCAUUGUUUAAAAUCUGGAUUGGAAUGGUCCCAUUUGUGAUUGUGUUUCAUUCUGACACUGUUGAGCCAAUCGUGUCUAACCCCGCUCACAUGGAAAAAGCUCAUGCCUACAACUUUCUCCAUCCUUGGCUUGGGACUGGUCUGCUCACCAGCACUGGGGCUAAGUGGCGUCAGCGGAGGAAGAUGCUGACGCCGACCUUCCACUUCUCCAUUCUGAUGGACUUCUUGGAGGUGAUGAAUGAGCAGGCAGAGAUUCUGGUGGGGAAGCUGGAGAAGCAGGCAGGGAAGGGUCCAUUCAACUGCUUCAGCCAUGUCACCCUCUGCGCACUAGACAUCAUCUGUGAAACUGCAAUGGGAAAAAAAGUUGAUGCGCAGAGUAAUUCUGAUUCAGAGUACGUUAAGAGCGUAUACAAAAUGAGCGACAUUGUCAGCAGCAGACAGAGGAAACCCUGGUUUUGGUCUGACUUCGUGUACAACUACUUCGGUGAGGGCCGGGAGCAUGACAGAACCCUCAAGAUCCUCCAUUCCUUUACACGCAAAGUGAUAAAUGAGAAAGCAGAGAAAAUGUCUGACAUUGAGUCAGACAGCGAACCCAAAGAGGGCAUGAAGAAACGAAGUGCAUUCCUGGACAUGCUCUUGAAGACCACAGAUGAACACGGUAACAGGAUGAGCCGUCAGGACAUUCAGGAGGAAGUAGACACGUUCAUGUUUGAGGGUCACGAUACUACAGCAGCCUCUAUGAACUGGGCCCUCCAUCUGCUGGGCUCUAACCCUGAGGUGCAACGCAAAGUUCAACAAGAGCUACAGGAGGUGUUCGGUACGUCUGACCGACCUAUUACCAUGGAAGAUGUGAAGAAGCUCAAAUACCUGGAAUGUGUGAUCAAAGAGACUCUACGGCUGUUUCCCUCGGUGCCUUUCUUUGCUCGCACCAUCCGUGAAGAAUGCCACAUCAAGGGUUUCACGAUUCCUGAAGGUGCAAAUGUAACCAUAGUCACCUACUCUCUCCACCGUGACCCGCGAUACUUCCCUGAGCCUGAGGAGUUCAGGCCUGAGCGGUUUUUCCCCGAGAAUUCAGUCGGAAGGCCUCCGUAUGCCUACAUCCCCUUCUCAGCCGGACUCCGCAACUGUAUAGGUCAGCGCUUCGCUAUAAUGGAGGAAAAGGUGGUUCUGGCUUCCAUUCUGCGAAACUUCAACAUUGAAGCUUGCCAGACCCGUGAGGAGCUUCGUCCGGUAGGAGAGCUCAUCCUACGACCAGAGAAAGGAAUCUGGAUCAAACUGGAGAAGAGGAUGCCUCAAAGUUCACCAAGCUAACACUCGACCAGUUAUCUUCCUUUGUGGUCUGUAUUUACAGUGCAUACUGUGAAAACUCCAAUGAACCCUGUAAUGUUUUGAUAGAAAAUGCUCUGUGGCAUAACGAGAAUACUUUAACACUAAACUGUGCAAGUAUUUUAUGACAAAAUGUGAAUUAAAAUGCUGCAAACAGAAUGAAAUGAAAAAGGAUUAUGGAAUUUAAAGAGUAAGAACCAAUGACUGCUCAUUUUGAAACACAUUUCUGAUUAUUAACAGAAAUUAGAUUCAUGGCUCUACUGAAUUGAAGUUUGUGACUGUUUACAAGGUCACAUACUUUUUUUUUAAAGAAAAAACAAACCUCGUGCAAGUCUUUGUGACCUGUUUAGUGGCAUUUCUGCUGCUUUUUGUCUGUUGCUGCAAAUCUGGAGGAAAUAAACAAUAUGGUGGAUCAAACAA